AUGCAUAGUGAUGUUGAAAACAGCACAUUAGAAAGAGAAUUCCAUGUCUUGGCAUUUACCAAGUAUCCAGAGUCAAAAAUUAUCAUUUUGAUUGUGGUUUCGUUGACAUAUCUACUAUCUCUGGUGGGAAAUCUAACUAUUAUUCUACUUGUCUGCCUGGAGUCAAGGCUACAUACCCCAAUGUACUUCUUCCUCUGUAACUUGUCAGUCCAAGAUAUUAUGUAUGUUUCAACUGUCGAACCCAAGCUUUUCAACAUUACAUUAACAGGUAACACCGCCAUUUUGUUUCCACACUGUAUCAUACAAAUAUUCACAUUUAUACUAUGUAUUGAUGCUGAAUUCUUCCUGUUGACCUCCAUGGCUUAUGAUCGUUAUGUUGCCAUUUGCAUUGCUCUACGUUAUCCUCUCAUCAUGAAUAAGAAGGUAUGCCUAGUCCUUGCUGCAAACUGUUGGAUUAUCAGUGCUUUAAAUUCAUUGAUGUAUUCCUUGGUAAUGUCUAAGGUACCUUUCUGUAAGUCCAAAGAAAUAAAUCACUUCUUUUGUGAGGUAGAAACCAUGCUGCAACUGUCUUGCAAGGACACCAAAGGCAUUCAAACUCUAAUAUUUGUUGAAGGGUUAUUAAUUGGGGUUUUGCCAUUUGUACUUAUUCUCACGUCAUAUGUAUUAAUUAUUUUCAAUGUUUUAAAAAUCCGUACCAAGGCUGGAAGACUUAAAUCUUUCUCCAGCUGUUCCUCCCAUUUGACAAUAGUUAUCCUUCUGUAUGGGACAUGUCUAAGCUCCUAUGUGAAAACUGAGUCUAAAAACUCCAAAGAACAGGACAAGUUAAUCUCUAUGUUGUAUAUUAUUUUGAUACCAAUAUUGAACCCACUUGUGUACAGCCUGAGAAACAAGGAAGUUAUAAAAGCCUUGACAAAAAUAAUGUGGGGAAAAUUCAAGAAGCCACAUUCUUUCAACACACAAAGAUCAUAA